UUUAUUAAGGAUGUGACUAUUGUAAAACCGAUCAUUUAUGGCAGUACGGCGACGUUCUUUGGAAAGAAGCGUGAAGAGGACAAUCGCACGCACAGCUGGUCUCUUUAUGUGAGGCCUUACUACAAAGAGGACAUGUCGUUAUACGUUCGCAAGGUGGUGUUCAAGCUUCAUGAGAGCUAUACGAAUCCAACGAGAAGCAAGUUGAUUUUGAUAGUCUUAGAGCCUCCCUAUGAAAUACACGAGACCGGUUGGGGUGAAUUCGAAGCAGUUAUUAAGAUCUUCUUUCAUGACACGAACGAAAGACAUGUGAACAUCUAUCAUAUCAUCCGCCUGUUUGAUACAGACCCUUUGGUAAUGUCGGGACAAAAGUCACUAGUUCGUGAGAUGUACGAUGAAAUAGUAAGUUAA